CGCUUGAGAGAAAGAAAACCAGAGAGAAGCGAAAAUCGAAAAGGAGAGAAAGAGAGACAGAGAGAGAGUUCGUGUUUAAGGAGAAAGGAGGAUGAGAGAGAGGGAAGCCGCUAUCAACGUAAGCGUGAGGAGCCGUCGUUACCGAAUCACCACCAGUCAUCACCCAACACCGUCGCACAACGUACGAGGAGCGCCUGUCACCACUCAUCACCGUCAGACCCGAAAUCCAGCACCGUCGAGUUGAAUCGCGAGGAAGCAACCAAGAUCCACCGUUUCUCUUCGCCAUCUUUAACCGUCCGGCUCCAUCAUUGUAAGCUAAGACUUCCCAACGGUGUCACUGACAGUGAUAGCCAGGAGGAGAAGAAAAAGAGA